AUGAGUACAUGUCGUUCUCCUCCAGGCCAGACUCCCCUCCACAUCGCGGUGGUGAACCAGGACCUGAGGCUGGUGAGGGAGAUGAUUUCUCGGGGAGCUGAUGUGAGAUCUCCACGGACAACUGGAACCUACUUUAGAUGGAGCCUCAGUAAACUCCUGUACUUCGGGGAGCACAUCUUAUCAUUCGCUGCUUGUGUUGGGAAUGAGGAAAUCAUCCGAUUACUGAUUCAGAGAGGAGCGGACAUCAAAGCUGUGGAUUCACUGGGUAACACUGUCCUCCAUGUGCUCACUCUCCAACCCAAUAAGACCAUCGCUUGCCACGUCUACGAUUUCAUCGAGUCCUUUGAUGUCGCUGUGGAUGGAGUCACAGCCGAAAUGAUCCCAAACCUGGAGGGACUGACACCAAUUAAACUGGCAGCUGUGGAAGGCAACAUUGUGAUGUUCCAGCACCUGAUGAACAAGCGACGGUUGAUCCAAUGGACAUUUGGCCCCAUCUCCAGCUGUUUAUACAACCUCUCGGAGGUCGAUUCCUGGGGAGAGGAUUACUCUGUCCUUGAACUGGUCCUGGCCAGUAAAAAGAAUGAGGCUCUCCGCAUCCUCGAUCUACCUCCUCUGAAGCAGCUCAUCAGCCUGAAAUGGAAUAAAUAUGGGAAAUAUUACUUUCGGAUUCUGAGCUUGCUUUACUUACUUUACAUCAUCACUUUCACCCUCUGCUGUGCCCAUCGUCCUCUCAAACCCCUCGAUCGAAACAUCACUGAUCCCAGGGACACAACCAUCUUCAUCCAGAGAAACCUCCAGGAAGCUUAUAUUAAAGAGAAAGAUCGGGUUCGAUUGAUCGGAGAAAUCAUUAGUGUGGUGGGGGCAAUAAUCAUCUUAUUGUUAGAGAUCCCGGACAUCCUGAGAUAUGGGGCCAAAAGAUACUUUGGGAAGACUGUUCUUGGAGGCCCAUUUCACAUCAUCAUGUGA